AUGGAUGAUGAAGAGAUCAAGGAUGCCUUGAUGGCAAACAACACAAAGUCUUUAAAGGCCGUUCCAAACAAUUAUAAGUUUUCUGAUGGAACCGGCUUGAUCCAUUGGGCAUCCAUGUAUAAUAAUCUAGAUAUGUGCCGGAGGAUGAUGGAAUGCCGUGGAGCUGCCAAUAGUGUUGGAGGAGUGUUAGACAGUUCUCCCUUAUACUAUGCGCUUUACAACUCAAACUACAAGGUCAUGAAGUUUCUUAUAGAGAACGGUGCAGAUAUUAGAUAUGUAAACAAAAGUGGCCUGGGGCUUUUACACACAUGUGUUAGGUUCGACGAUGUCCUCGGAAUGAUUUUGCUUUUAAGCUAUGGUGCCGAUGUGAACACCAAGGAUACCAAGAAUAGGACAUUGUGGACAUAUGCAAAAGUAAAAGGCGCCAGGAAUGUUCAGAGGUUUCUAGAAACAAAUGUAGUGCCAGGAAGAUAUAAUGAAUGGGGGUUAGAGGGGUUUUCCAUAGGGAUGCAUGGGAUGUCCUUCUUCUUUGGGAGGACGUAUCAGAUUGGGGUGAUUGUGAUGUUUCUAGUCUUCUGGGGAAGAAUAGCUCGAACAAGGGCUCCCAUGUACCUUAAUUUGUUCUAUUCUUUCUACAUUGGCUGUAAUGUGAUUGAAGAAAGUUGUGAGCAUAGUGUUUAUGCACUUGAAUAUUUCUUUACUCUCUUCCGUUUGUUUCUGUCUGAUCCAAGAUUUGGGUCUGUAAGUACAUAUGAUAAGGUAAAAGAGCUGGUAUCUACAAUGAUAGAGCAGGAUGAAUAUAUGGUGGAGAACUUCUGCUACACAUGCUUGGGAAGAAAGGGUGAUGGAGUUAAGCAUUGCUCCAUUUGCAAUAGGUGUGUCCUGGAGUUUGACCACCACUGCCCGUGCAUAAACAGCUGUAUCAGUAAGGAUAUCAUGGGAUUGUUCAGAAGGCAUCUGCUUUCCACCUUUACCGUGACUGUAAAUGUACUUUUAUCUGGGCAUGCCUCUGAGGUGAGGAUGGAGUUGGUAUCCGUAACCGUUUUUAUUGUGCUUAUUCUAGCUGCAGGUAUGGAUAUAAGAAGGCCUAAGCCUAUAUAA